AUGCAAGGUAGAAUAGACACUAUCUUUAAAAAUAAUGAGCCAGGUAUUAAAGCAAGUACUGAAGAUAAAAGAAAGAAAGCUGUUGAAUCUAUCAUUACAUUUAGUAAAGAACUUAAAAACGAAGAAGAUAAGAAAUAUUUUUUAAAUAAAAUUUUGGUUGUCUACAAAAAGACGUGUAGUGCAACUUAUAUGAAAAUUGUUAUUUCUAAAAUUUUAAAUGGAUUAGAAAAUACAUUUUGUACAAGAGAGCUUUCACAAGAAUUUACUGAAAAAUUUACAACAAUCUUUUUAGGAGAAACUAAUGAUGAAUUACGAAAAUACUUAUUUGGAUUUGUUGCACAUUUAAUUCAGUAUAAUGAAAUUAUUCCAACUAAAAUUCAACAAAUGAUUCAGUCAUUAAACACAUUAAAAGAACCAUUAAAAUCAAUUUUUAUAGAAGAGCUUCCUAGAAUGUUAGGAUUACCAGAUACUUCUAAAUUAGCUCAAGUUAAUUUAACAGGGUAUUUUGCUUCAGAAAUUAAUUUUGUAAAAUCUCCAAAGAAUACACCAAAAUCAACUAUUAUUGCAUUUAGAUAUUUAUUAGCAUAUUAUAGACAACCAGAAGUAAAACAAUGUGAAGUAUUAGAAAGUCAAUUAUUCUCUUCAUUUGCAAAAGCUCUUAAAGUUUAUUCUUCACCUGAAUUUUUGGCUUUAAUUCAAGAAGAUGGAUAUAAACAUCAAUUGAGUGAAUUACUUUUUGAUGUUUGUCAUUUAAAUUGUAUUCCAAAUAUUUGUGAAUGUGAAGAAGAUAUUAAAAAGAUUUUACCUUCUUUACUUGACAGAAGAAAUAUUAAAAACUUUUUUAAGAGUACUUCAACUACAACAAUGUCUUCAUUAUUGAUUCAUCUUGUUUUUGACAUAUUGGUUUUAACAUAUAAUGAACGGUUAGUUUAUACUUAUUUCUUAUUAAAUGAAGGUGUUGGAGAAGAUGAAAAACAAGAACGAAUUAUUUAUGAUAAUGUUAAAGAAAUUUUAUCUUCUUUAUCAGAAGAAUUAGAACAACCAUUAAAUACAGGGACAUUUAGUUUGUUAAUGCCAAUCUUUAGAUGGGUUAUUUCUAAAAAAGAUAAAACAACAGAAAUUGUUAAACCUCAAAAUCAGACAAUGAAAUUAUUACAAAUGCAUUGUGAAGUAAUAACUAAUCAAUACCCAAUUUUAGAGAUUGCACAACUAUUAAAUAGUAUUAUUUUAGUUAUUCCUCGUUUUGUUCAAAAGACGUUAAAUUGUUUAGAACAAAUUGUUAAAGUCUCAGAUAAUAAAACACUUCACUAUAUAUUUAAUAAUUUAUUAAGUGAUGAAGAAAAUACAAGAAGAUAUAAUGCUGUUGCUUUAGAUAGAAGUAAAGAAUAUUUGAGAGCUAAAAAGAUUGACCAUGAAGAAUUAUGUAAAUUAUAUCUUGGAGGACAUGACCAAAUCAAAGAUGUUUCUAAUGCAUGCAGAUCAGUUAUGAAGACUAUUCACUUAUACUGUGAAGAGCCUGGUGUUGAAGUAAAGGUUCCAGAAGAUUUCAGAAUUCCAGAUCAAACUUUUGUUGAAUACUAUAAAAAAGAUGAAAUUUGCUUAAAUGAAAACAUUGAUAUUCAAGACAUGAUUGCUACUUCCAUUUAUUCUAUUGCUAAGAUUGGAAAAUAUAAUUGUGGAGAAUUAUUGAAAGUUACUAUGGACGAGUAUAAUAAUAGUUUCCCAGAUAUUACUUUAGUACCAGGAAUUGCUAAAGAUUAUCUUAUUAUCAGAAGUAAAUUCUUAAGAAGAAGAUUUUGUACCUUUGUAAUUAUGAAAUUAGGAGGAUUAUGUACUGUGGAAGAUAUGAAAGAAUUACUUCCAUUUGCUAUUAAGAAACUUACUAAUGAUGAAGAGCCAAUGCCAGAAUUAGUUGAGGAACAAGGAGAAAAUAUGUUUAUUAGUAGAAAUAGAGAAGAAGCAGAGCAAAUUUAUGACAUUUUAGUAAGUAUUAAAAAGGAAAAAGGAAAGAAAAAUGAUAAAGAAAUAGAAAUGGUAGGAUUAUUCUUUGGAAUGAUUGCUAAAUAUUUAGAACGAGAUAAUCCUAAGUUCCAUGAUAUUAUUCAACAAUUAAGAGAUUUAUCAGUUAAACCAUCUUUAGAAGUUCAAAUGGCAGUUUGUAAUUGUUUUGCAAAUAUCACAGAUAUUCCUAAUGUUCAAGGAAUGUUAGAAAAGAUGUAUGCCCAAUGUUUAAGACAAAAGAAUAUUGAAAUUAAAAGGGGAGUUGCAUAUUCAAUUGCUGGUAUUUGCAAAGCACAUGGACUAGGAGUUAUGUUUACAUGUAAAUUUUACGAUAGAUUUAUUAAGAAACCAUUAGAAAAAUUUGAUGUUGAUAAAAAAGGAAAAAGAUGUACUGAAGGAGAGAAUUUAAAUAUUAACAUGACAGCCUUAAUUACCUUACAGUGUAUUUGUGAAAUUAUGAGAGAUAUUUUUGAGCCUUAUAUUAUUGAUGUAUUUAAUUUAGUUAGACCUAUUGUUAGUGAGGCAAAUCAAGAAUUAAGAUUACAAGCUUCUGCUACUGUUAGAGCUAUGAGUUCUGUUUUAACUCAUCACGGUAUUGGAGUUACAGUACCUCAUUUAAUUGAUGGAUUAAAAUCAAGUGAAUGGAGAGAAAGAAGAAUUUCUUGUUUGUUAUUAGGAGAAAUGGCAAAACAAACAACUCAUCAACUUGAUGCUUAUUUACCAAAGAUAAUAACUCCAUUAGUAAAUUUGAUGAUUGACUCUGAUGCUAAUGUUAGUGAAGCAGCCAGUGAAGCAUUAAACAAUUUAGCUAGUGUUAUUAAGAACCCAGAAAUUUCAUCACUUAUUCCAUCUAUUCUUGAUGCUUUAGAAAAUCCACCACAAAACACACCAGAAUUUUAUGAACACUUUGAAAAAAUGCAAUUUACUCACUUGAUUGAUUCUAGUUCUCUUGCAUUAAUUCAUUACAUUUUGUUAAGAGGAUUAAGUGAUCCAACUCACUUAAUUAGAGCCAAGUCUGGAUUAUUAAUAUCAUCUUUAACUAAUUUGUGUGAUGUAGAUGAUUUCCUUCCAUAUUUGGAUAUUUUUAUUCCAGAGUUAAAGAAAAAUAUUACUGAUAAUGACCCUGAAGUAAGAGCUGCUGCUUCUAAUGCAAUUGGAUCAUUAAUACAAUUUGUUGGAGAACAAGCAUUCCCAGGUGUUAAACAAUGGAUUAUUGAAACAUUACAAUCUACAAAAUCUACUGUUCAUAGACUUGGUGCUGCACAAGCAUUGGCUGAGUAUUAUCGUGCAGUUGGAGAGGAACAAUUAAGAGAAGACUUUAACUCUAUCACUAAUUUAGAGAAUCCAGUCAUUACAUCAAGACAAUCAGUCAUGUAUUUAUUAUAUUAUUUCUGUUCAGCUCUUAAAGAAAGAUUUAGUGACUUUAUUGGAGAAGGGUUAUUACUUAUUGUAAAGGGAUUAAGUGAUUCAAGUGAAUUAGUUAGGGAUGCAGCAAUGAAAGCUGGUUCAAUUCUUGUAAGACAGUUUGGUAAGACUCAUUUAAAGAAACUUCUUGAGACAUUAGACAGUGCUAUUUAUAGUGAUUCACCAAAAGUACAAGAGUGUGCAAUCAACUUAAUCGGAGAAUUACUUGAAGGAAUGGUUGACACAAAUGAUGCUAGUUUGGAGCCAUAUGUUCUUCUUAAGAGAAAGUUAGGAUUAGAGAAAAUUGGAGAAUGUUUGGCUAAUUUGUAUUUGAUUAGAUUUGAUGAAGAACAUCAAAUUUGUCAAAAAGCCACAUUGGUAUGGAAGAAGGUUAUUAUUAAUGCAGGUAGAGCUCUUAGUGAUUUAAUUCCAUAUAUUAUGAAAAUUGCAACAAAGAAAUUAUGCCUUGAAGAGAAAGACCGAAAGAGAGCAGCACGUUGUCUUGGUGAGUUAGUUGAUUUAUUUGAAAGUAAAAUUGUUCAGGAAUUAAUUAAUACACUCCAAACUCAUUUGAACAGUAAUAAUGAAUUAGAUAGAAUUGGUGCAUGUAAUGGUUUUGUUGAAGUUAUCAGAAAGAGUUCAUUAACAACAUUUGAUCAAUUUAAAGGAGUAUUACCACAAUUAGUUGAAUUAAUGUGUGAUGAGGUUGAUGCUAUUAGAGAAGAAUCUAAUCAUUUGUUUAAUGUAAUUAUUAGAAAAUAUGAUAAACCAUCAUUAGAAGCUAUUCUUGAUAUUUUAUUAGGAUUUAUUAAUGAUGAAGAACAAAUGCAAAAAGGAAUUAGAGGAUUCCAAAUGAUUAUUGAUAAGAAUCAUACAAAUGAAUUAAUCUUUGAAACUUUGACACCAAAAGUACUUCAAGUACCAAUAACUAUUGCCAAUUGUAAACCAUUAACUAUUUUAUGUAAAUCAUCACAACAAUUCUUCUUACAAAAUUUCAAUCUUAUUCUUCAACGAGGAUUUAACUCUUUAGCUAGUAAAUAUACCGAAGAAAAUUAUUGUGAAAAGAUUAGAAAGAUGAUGAUUGAAAUUUGUUUAGAAUAUCCAUCUAAAGACAAGUUAUUUAGUAUUCUUGGAGAUUAUAUUGCUUCAUAUCAACGAUCAAUUAUUAAAAUUGAAACAUUACGUAUUCUCUCAGCUUAUUUCAAGUUACAAACUACACAAUCAAGUGUUGGAGUAGAUAUAAUUAUCUCAUUCUUAAUGGGAUUAAUUAGAAAUGAAAAAGAUCAAGAUGUUGUUCCUUAUGUCUGGGAUUGUUUCGAACAAAUGCAUAUGAAACUUACUAAUGAUAAGUACUAUAUUUAUAUUAAUGCCCUUGCACCAAUGAUUCAAGACGCUUGUCAAACACCAGAAACUGCUGUACUUGUAUUACCAAAAGAUAUUGGGCCAUUGGUUAGAGUUGAAAUUGAUACUCUUAAGAAUGCAUUAACAGAGACAAAAGAACAAGCAAUCAGAUCAUUAAUAUUCUUAUUGAAAAGAUAUGAAAAUGACUCUGAAUUUACUAAGCAUAGAGAUAAUAUACUUGGGCCAUUGAUUAAUAUUAUCUCUAAACAAUGUGAAUCUUCUCAUAAGAUUAAAUUACUCACAUUAUUACAAACUAUUUUUGCUACUGCACAACAUCGUGGAAAAGUUAAAACAUUUGUAUUACCAAUUACAAUCACUUUGAACAAAUUGUUAAGUGAAGGUGAUGAGUCAGUUUGUAAAGUAGCUAUCGAAAUGUAUAAGUAUUUGAUUGAAUAUGAUCUUAAGAUUGAUACCUUAUUAAAAGAAAUUCAAAAAGGAUUAAGUAGUGCGGGAACUAAUUCUACUAAAAUUAAAAUUUAUUUGCAAUUACUAAUUACUUGUGUUGAUACUAUCGAACCAAAGAAAUGGAAUGAAGGAAAAGAAUUAUGGGAAAAAGCAAAAAAAAGUACUAAUUGGGUUGUUGAAACAUUAUACUUUGAUAUCUAUAAUCAAUGUUUCCAAUUAAUUCCAUUAGCACAAGAAUAUUAUCAGUUAUUAGUUAGAGCAUUAGCCACAAUGCUGAAAUUCCUUCCAGACAAUGAUACUCAAUUUAAAACUCUUUUGAAAAUGGAUGGAUUUUCUAUUGAAACAACGGAAGAUUUAGUUGUACUAAGAAAGGAAUUAUGCAACACAUAUGCCAGUGUGUGUCCUUCAAAAGCUUCAUUGAUUAAAGAAGCUAUUAAGUCCAUUUAA